UUUAGAUCGUAAGAUGUUUAAAAAGAACAACCAUGCAGGAACUCGUUGGCUUAUCAAGUGGAAAGAUCAUUCAAAGGAAGAAGCUACUUGGGAGGAUGCAGAUGAUCUCCUUAUUCGUUUUCCAGAGUUUGCAGCUUGAGGACAAGCCGUGUUUGAAGGGGGAUGGGAUGUUGGGAUACCGACAUCAUUAUUAUCUUUCCUUAUUGCUAUAGGGUUCUAUUAAUUGGUGCUGAAUCCUAUCAAUCGCUGUGGCUUUGGUUAUUUUACUCUCCAAAUCAGGCUCAUCUGGAGUCUCCAUAUUCGGCACUCCUCCACCAACUUGAUUUGAUUAUCGGCUAGGUCUAAAUCGGGAAACUUGCUGAAUCGGUAUCCUGCUCUUGAGUUUUUCGAUUCUCAUUUAUAUUACUGGUAUAGAGUUUAGUAUUUCCUUUCCCAUUUUCUAUUUUUUAAGCUCGUAAUGUUGCUUUCUUACUUCUACUGGUGAAGAAAUCAGGAAAAGUGAUGUACUGAUCCACAAAACAGUAAUAUAAACUGAGAAACUCUUGUUGUUACUGAUACUGUUAGUAAAUGAAUAGAUUCAGAUUUUCAGUCAGAAAAUUGUGUUUGAUUUUAUUUUCUGCUAUGAUAAUUCAGGGCUUGAUUACCCAUUUUAUGAAAUGCUGAAAUAUUGCAUUAUAAUGGUGUGAAUUACUCUAUUGAAGAUGCAAGGGGCAAAGCGCCCCUUCAAUUGUAUGUGUAGGAUUGAAGAUAUCAGAGUUGUAUAAAUGUCUGUAUAAAAGUGUACCAAAACUUCCCCCACCACAAACUGAUAUGGCAUUACAAUUGUGGAUGCCUUCGCUUAGCACGAAAACCCCAUUCAUGUUUGUUUCCGGGUUUCUCAAAGUUAAAUUCGUUAUCCUUCUAUGGUUCUGAAUCGAGUUUGGCUGGACCAGAAAAUCUAGUGAGUAUAAUAGGAAGACCACUACAUCUUGUCUGAAAGUAGAAGAGCAAAAUGUUAGUGAAUCUGAAACUAAGUGGGGAAAAGUAUUGGCUGUGUUUUUCUAUAUGGAUAGUGUUCUUUGUGAUCUUGAAGAACCAUCUCGAAUGGCUGGGGUUGAUUAAUUCGUGGAAAUGGGAGCGGACGUUACCACUGAAGAAUUUGUACCUCUUAUUUGGAACUGGUAAAUCUCCUCUGCAUACUCAAUAGUUUCAUUAAAGUGAUUUUUUUUCCUUUGUCUGUAGGUUUUGAAUGGAGAUGCUAUGUUUCGUUGAAUGGACUAUCAGGGGAACCAAAUUUUCUAGGAGGUGUUGCUUAUCUAAAGGGAGUUGAGGGAUUUGAUACUGAGAUGAGGUGAUGCAAAAUGCCCAGUAUGCUACUUCUGUGCUUCAAACUUCCCUGGAAUGUCUCAAGAUAACAUGGAAGGUGUUUCAUCUACGGAUAUGCAAUCUACCAAGUAGGAAAUUCUUGUUGUUGCAGGUGAUGAUAAUGCUUGGCUAGAGAGCUCGAGUGACAUGGUCAUGGAAAGUCAAUACUGAGCUUGAGUGACAUGGUCAUGGAAAGUCAAUACUGGAGGUUGUUACCACGUCUACCAUCUGAUGACCAUUAUCCAAUAAUGGCCCAUUUUUAUGAUGAUGUGGCAACAUAACCGCUUCAUUUUCUUAUCGGCUUAAUUAGCCGAGCUGAGAGAUUAAGAUUUGUUCCGGAACAAAAACACGACCUUAACGAUAACAACCUUUUCCUUUCCUCUGCUGAAUGAGGAGCUACCCCUUCAAAAAAGAAAAAGAAAUAUGAGGAGCUACCGAAGAAGACGGUGAAAAUAUACAGAAAUGAUUAAGCUACCGAGAAUGAAUCCCGAUGCCAAAUCCGGCAAGAGAGAAGAAAACUGGUGGGGCCUAAACCAAUCCCUAUUGUCUCCGGUGGGCCCAGGCCUGUGUGUAUUGGGAACACAUGUCGGGAUUUAAAAUCGGUGGUUCUAUCAUUCCUCGAAAAUGUAUGGGAAAACUUUAAUUUUUGUUUCGGAGAUGUUAGAUAUACCGCGGAAAUACACCGUGAAAUUCUGUGUGAGAGAAAAAAAAGAUAAUGGAUCCACCUUUGAUCCCACCACCUGCAAAUCUCCUGCCAGCCCUUGGAUUUCUUUGCUGUUGCGGAUCGUGAUUCACACCUUCGAAAAAGAAAGAAAUCUGACUCGGCUAAUGGAGGCAUGGAGCCGAAAAGGAAGUGGUUAUGCUGCCACAUCAUCCUAAAUAUGGGCCAGUAAAGGGCACCUGGCAAACAAAACCCGCGCCCAUAUAAUUCUAGGCUCCAGAAUCAAUGAAUUUUCCCGCUAUUCUCAAUGUAUCACUCGAGCAGCAGUUAACCAUAGUAAACUUUAGUCUCAAAAAUCAAAACCUCUCUCAACAAAAUCAAAGCCUUAACUGAAAAUCACAUCAUAGUAGAGAGUAGAAGAAGGAGAAGGAGGAGUAUUCAAGGUCAUGGCGAUCAUUAGCAGAGAUGAGAAUGGAGAUGAAGUUGAAGGUGGCGGUCAAGCGGUUGAAAUGGCACGUUCUAGUUAUUACAAAUAUAAACCUCCUGAGAAAGAUUUGAUUGAUUUGGUGUUCUCUUGGACUCUCGAGGAUAUAUCUAGUGAAGAAUAAAGAUCAGGUGGAAAAGAUCCCUGACCGUUUCCGGUCAGUGGAGGAGUACCUUGGUUCUUACACGUUACCGUUGAUUGAGGAAACUCGUUCUGAGUUGUUUUCGAGUACGGAGGUGUUGCAUGAUGCACCAUUUGCUGAAGUAAUCUCAGUGAAGGAGUCUGGGCCACAUGGUUCAUUUCUGUAUGAGCUUGAAUUUGAUUCUUGGAGGAACAUAAACAAUGGCACUGGCAAAGAGCCAUACUCUCCAAAAUGUGGUGACCUUUUUGUUCUGUCUGAUGUGGUACCUGAAAUUGCCUCGGACUUGAAGCAGUGCGUAAGGAUAUGUACCUUUGCUUUAGUCAUGAAAGAUACUAAGGCGUCUAAUGCUGCAGAAGAAGGUAAAAUAUCUAGUUAUUUGGAGUUCCGGACUUCGAAGUUUGUUGAGGCUAGAGACGGUAUGCAGAACUCAGUCUUUGCUGUGUUUCUGGUUAAUCUGACAAAAAAAAUUAGAAUUUGGAGAGCAUCACACAUGUCUGGGAACUUACAGAUCAUUAAGGAAGUUUUGUGCUCCAAUUCCAGGGUUGAAGAAAUCUGUAACUUUUGUUCUUCACAAGAUGAUAGCACCUGGGAUGAACAACUUGGCCGCAGGUUAUCAUUAGUCCUUGAUGGGUCCCAAACAACUGCAGUACGUCGUUCUAUAUCGUUAGCGCUGUGCAAUCACAAGUCUUCCAUUAAACUUAUUUGGGGCCCUCCUGGGACUGGGAAAACUAAAACUCUCAGUAUCUUGUUGUAUACCCUCUUAAGUAAGAGCUGUAGAACACUUGCAUGUGCUCCAACAAAUGUUGCAGUUAAGGAAGUGGCCUUGCGCGUCCUAAAGCUUGUUAAAGAUCCUCACCACAUGGAUCCAGGACAAGAUGAGUUAUUAUGUUCACUGGGAGAUUUGCUCUUAUUUGGAAGUAGGGAUCGUUUGGAAGUUUUUGAUGAUCUUGAGGAGAUUUAUUUGGAUCAUCAUGUGGACAGGCUGGUAGAAUGUUUUGCGCCACAUAACAGUUGGAAGAAAUGCUUUAAAACCAUGAUAAAAUUCCUUGAAGAUUGUGUUGCUCAAUAUCAUUUAUUGGAGAAUGAAUCAGCUGGCGAGGCUAAAACUAAUGUCAACAGCGAUUCCACCCCUGUAGUUCCUAGUUCAUUUCUUGGGUUCAUCAAAGACAAGUACACAGCCAUAGUUUCUCCGCUGAGAAGAUGUGUAAGUGAUUUAUGCACCCAUCUUCCAAAAAGACUUCUAUUGCAGCAUAAUUUUGAGAGCAUGGUAUGUCUUCUUAAUUUGCUUGAUUCUUUUGGAACUCUUCUGUCUAAAAGUAUGCUAAUGACCAAGAAAUAGAGACACUCUUUACACAUGGAGAAGUUGUUCAUUCCUACAGUAAGCAUGAGGGUGAAGCAUAUGUCUGGUACUUCCGUUAAGCUGUACAAGAUUAGAAAUGAAUGGGUUGAUGCUUUAAUAUCUCUUUGUCAGUCUCUUGCUCCUGUCCUUCCAGAGAGUAUGAACAGAAGUUUGGUAUGGCAGUUUUGCUUUCAAUCUGCCCCGCUCAUCUUCUGCACAGCGUCUAGCUCAUAUGCUUUGCAUAGAGUAGAAAUUGAUCCGCUGAACUUGUUGGUUAUUGAUGAAGCUGCUCAGUUAAGAGAGUGUGAAUCAGCGAUACCCAUGCAAAUUAAAGGCAUACGGCAUGCUAUUCUAAUUGGUGACGAGUGUCAGC